GCACACAGCGACUGGAGACGGACGGAGAGCAACGCGCUGGGAGAGGAGAGACCACCGACAACAGCCCCGCGCUCUCACACAUACACUCACACUCGGCUCUUUCCUCUCCCCCCACCUCCUCCUCCUUCCACCCCCACCACUAACACCAUCUCCUCCUCCUUCUCUCUGCAACAAGAAAAAAAAAGCCAUUUACAGUUGUAACAGUUGGAGGAUAAUGCAAAAGAAGACGCUGCCUGGGAAUUCACCGUCUGUGGAAAUGCGCCCCAGAGAGGAAUAAAGCAGCCCUCACCUUGCUCUCCCCACCCGGACCCACUUUCCCCUCCCGCCUCGGCCCCCACCCCAACACCACCAUCACCCCCUUCCCUCCCCCCCAUCUUUCCCCCUUUCCCACCCAGGUGUCGGACCAGACGGUCCCCACUUCCACCCUGCACCCCUUCUUCCCCCCCUGCACCAUGAACACCAAUGUCUGCGUGGAGCCCGGGCCGAGCCCGGAGGCCCCGGGCUUGCCCAAGGAAAGCCACCUGCCCGAGGGGGCCCUGAACAGCCUUGUGGAUUACAACUCGGAGAUGGAGCGCUACCGCUCCUUUGCCACCUCCUUCUACAAGACCAACGGUGGCGCCUUCCCGCAGGCGGCCAAGAUCGCGCGCAUCACCACCCCCAUCUUCCCCAGCAGCGCCGCAGCCGCCGCUGCCGCCGCGCGCAUCGGCAUGUCCCCCUGGAACUGCGACAACGCGGCCACCGCCGCCGCCGCCACCGCCAUGCUCUGGGGCAGCGGCGGGGGCGGAGGCGGCGGCGGGGGCGGGGGCGGCGGCGGCGGCGGUGGGGGCGGUGGCGGGGGCGGCGGGGGCGGCAGGAAAUCCUCCUCCGCCGCCGCCUCCUCCUCCGCCUCCUCCUCGGCGAUCCUCCCCGCCGGCGGUGGCGGCGGCGGCGGCGGCGGCGGCAGCAGGACCAGCAUGCACCACCGAAACGACUCCCAGAGGCUGGGGAAAGCUGGCUGCCCGCCAGAGCCGUCGUUGCAAAUGGCAAAUACUAAUUUCCUCUCCACCUUAUCCCCUGAACACUGCAGACCUUUGGCGGGGGAAUGCAUGAACAAGCUCAAAUGCGGCGCUGCUGAAGCAGAGAUAAUGAAUCUCCCCGAGCGCGUGGGGACUUUUUCCGCUAUCCCGGCUUUAGGGGGCAUCUCAUUACCUCCAGGGGUCAUCGUCAUGACAGCCCUUCACUCCCCCGCAGCAGCCUCAGCAGCCGUCACAGACAGUGCGUUUCAAAUUGCCAAUCUGGCAGACUGCCCGCAGAAUCAUUCCUCCUCCUCCUCGUCCUCCUCAGGGGGAGCUGGCGGAGCCAACCCGGCCAAGAAGAAGAGGAAAAGGUGUGGGGUCUGCGUGCCCUGCAAGAGGCUCAUCAACUGUGGCGUCUGUAGCAGUUGCAGGAACCGCAAAACGGGACACCAGAUCUGCAAAUUUAGAAAAUGUGAAGAGCUAAAGAAAAAACCUGGCACUUCACUAGAGAGAACACCUGUUCCCAGCGCUGAAGCAUUCCGAUGGUUCUUUUAAAGCAGUAGUAUAUCUUAUUUUCAAGGCAUUUGGAAAUGAAGGGCAAACUAAUGUCUUGUUUUAAGAAACUGCUUAGUCCAUCAUUGAAGAAAAUAUCCAGAAAUUAUUUUCAUUUUAUGUAUAGGGGUUUCUUCAAAAAAAUAAAAAAGAGGAAAAGAAAAAGAAAAAAAGACAUAAAAAUAAUGUGGGAGCUUGGGGAAUUGGCCAGUCUAUUUCCUUUCAAUACACUGAUUCUUUCUUUGAUGUAAUUUAGAUAUACUAGUGAAGUUGUUGUCUAUUUUGAAAGUGGCUGUAAAAAAUAAGUUUGGGUAAACCCCUGCUGUAAAAUCAUGUAUCUUUGCAAAGUACAUAUCUAUACUUCAUUUUCAAAUAUAUGUGUUUCAGUACUGUAAACUGUACAGAUAGCAGCUUGUAUUUUGUGUGUUUAGACACAAGGAGACAAUCAUGUCUGAGCAUCUAUGGAGAUUAACAGUUUGUACACAACAGUAUGGUUCUGCAAGUUAAAUCUGGAGCAAUAAAUUUUAGCUUUAAAUAUAUUUUGCCAGUUGUUUCUAGAAGCAGCAACAUCACUGGCACUGUUUUGCCAUGCAUCUUUCCGUAGAGACUCGAUGCCAAGUUUUACAAGACUAAGAGAACGAUGCAUCCAGCAAUGACCUUCAGUUGUAUUGUUGUAAGAGGGGAAGAUGUUAUGAAAGUUUCAAUUAAUCUUUUGAGCACUAUAUUAGAGUAGUGGUUAUGCACUUGCAUUGCUUACAAACGAGCUGUACAGAAGGGUAUACCUCCCAAAUACUUAGUGUAGUUGACUUGUCUUGGGUUGCACUGUAAAGCGGAGUACUCAGAGUAGUUGGAAAAAUGCAGAAUCAGUUGUAUAAUUUUUUUUUAUUAAAAAAAAAAGAACACCCAGUGUUUUCUAGGCUAAAGUAUAAAGUGUCAGAUCUUAGGUGGAGAAAUCCAUGACUGAUUUUUUUUUUUUUUUUAACCAGCCAAACAUGGGCUGUGUAUGUUUUUGUCCUUGUUUAUUUUUUGCUCUUUAAAAAAAAAUUCUAGGAAAAAUAAAAAACUUAAUAAAGAAUACCCACAUGUUUUAAGUCCAUGUGUGAUAUCAAAUGGGGAGUUUUGUCUUAACAGUCGAAUACAUUGAGGCCAGCCUUGAGGCAUAGCUGGAUUUAAGUUAGAAAGAGACACAUUUAUGAAAUGAGGCAUUUUGUCUCUAUCUUCCUGUCUCAUAGUCUCCCAGUUGGACCAAUGGUCUUUCCCUGGUCACACAGUGGAAUGCUUCAUUGCUACCAUUCCCAUUCCUGUUACUGGAUCCUUUCAUUCCUGAGACGGCAGGGUCCGGGGAAUUUCAUAAAUGCAAGCCAGCUCCUACAACCCCCCUCAAAAAAAUUGAAUGCUUCAUAAUAUCUGGGCUACCUUUGAAUGUAAGAUUUGGUUUUCUUGUGACAGACUUAUUAUGGCUGUCUCAUUAGGACAAACAUUAUUUGCAUUUUAUUUUUUGGCUAGACAAUAAAAGUUAUUUUCAUUUUCAGGAAUAAAACUUAGUUUAGUAAAAAUAUAUAGAAUAUGUAAUUGCCAUGUUAUUGCAACUUCUUUGUUCUUCACACACUAGCUGGUUAUUUUAGCCCACUAUAUCCAUGAGCCUGUUGAAACAUGUUAGAAAAUGAAUCAGAAGAAGAAAAAUAACUUGAGAGAGUAAUGGAGAAGUAAGGAGUUUAACUUGUAAAGUUUUGGAAGGACUAGCAGGUGAAUAUUUUUAAAAAUCUAGUUGUAGUUUUGAAUGGGAAAAGAUAACACAGAGAAGAUGUUUUUAAAAAAGCAGAAGGAGCACUUCACUAUUAGAACACUUUGAGGAAGAGUGGCUAAGGCACAUACAAAUGCCAAUGUAAAAAACAAAUGUGACUUAACUUGCCUAGAGUACCAAUACAUGGUCUGCAGUUGUGGCCACAAUGCCUUUUUGAGGACAAUUCAUUAUGUAUUACACCCAUUUAUGUUUAGAGAAGAGAAUUAAAUAAUCACAAGCUAAAAUGUGCUGUAUAUUAAUUUCACGAUAACUUUCUACUUAAUGUAUAUUCCUUUGAUGGUUUCUAGUUAGAAUUUAUAUUUCUGCUAUAGGACCAAUGGGAGCUAUAUGAGUUCUUUCUUGUUCCAUUUUUAUGUUAUUUUCUUUUACAGUAUUUUUGUUUACCAGUUUGCUAAUUAACUACAAGUAAGUGAGAACUUACUUUCACACUUGAAGGGAAACUUGCCUUGUUUUUUGUAAAAUGACUAUUAUAAAAGUGAAACAAACUUCUAUUCAGGUUUUAUUAGGCAUACAAUAACAUAAAGAUCUCAUAGCAAUGUAAUAACAGUCUAAAAUACAUUCUGUAUUGCAUGUCCUGAUGUGUUUUUAUUUGUCUGCUUUUUUAAAGAACUAAUGAAUCUGUAUAUUGUAAGGUGUGGUGUUUUACAUGUCAGUUCACUUUUUUAAUGAAAGAAAAUCUGUUGAUUACUGAAAUGGAACAGUGUAGCUUUUCUUUAAUUUCUUUAUAUUUUUAUUCUUGAUAUUGUUCUUUCAAUCACCCACUUUCUGUUUUUUUGUAAUCUCUAUUUAUAUAAUGUAGGAUGCAUAUAAAGUUCUCAUUGGUGAUGUUGAAGAAAAGAUAUUACUCUCUGGACUCCCUCUAGCAUUCCUCUCCCUAUGUCCACAUACCAAGAACUUGUAGAACAUAUCAUUAUAAUCUUAAGGCAGUAACUUGAAGGUUUACACUUUUCAUUAUCCUAAAAUACCAAUGAAAUGUAACUUUUAAAAUUUUCUCACUCUGUGUUUCAUAUUCAGUAUCAAGAAAAUUCAGAACAUUGCAAUCAGAAUAUAGAUUGUGUAGAUUAUAAAACUUUAAAAGAACAUAUCAGAUAAAGCUAAAAACACUUUGUAAGAGAGGUACACAGACACAGGGUCUUGUCUUCUUGAGGAGAUGCCAUAUCCUGGCAGCAUCCUGGGGGAGCUUGGGAAAUACUUGGGCACAUGGUGUAGUGAGCAGAUGUCCUUUUCAACUGUCACUGGGUAACCAAAUAUCAGAGAAUGUCAUAAUGUGAACCUCUCUUAUCCCAGAACUUCAGACCAAAGUGACUUUCUAAGUGACUCUGCUUGUCUGGUGGCAUAUUCAGAAAGUAGUAAUAUAGCCAUCCUUGGGAGACAAAAUAGUAGUAGUCUUUACCCCAGUGUAAGCAUAUAUAAAAAUAUCUCCUGGUUGCCUAAUCUCUAACACUCAACUUUCUUCUUCUAAACACGUUCAUAGGGAGUAAGAGAUGAUGGGCUUAUUAUGAAUUAAAUAAUCACUAAAAGAAAAGAAUAUUCCCUUCUUUUCUUUCAGAACCCCGGCAUGCAAGUUGUGCAAUUAAUGCUAAAGCAUAUAAAGUCUUUAAGCUGGUAGUAUCUGUAAUCAAAUAAUGAAAAAAGGAAAGCAGUUAAAUGAACUCACUAUUCAGGGUCAAAUAUGUUCAGCAAAAAGCUGUAGUGGGUCUUUGAUCAUGGUUAGAUUCAUAGUGAUAUCAAACAGUUGGUUCUCAUGUAACAGCUAAAUGUUUCAGAUUUUGUUUUUAUUAAAUUUGGCAUUUCACACUGAGAUCUGUAUUCCUAGUGAAUAAAAGACAGCUACUGUGUUAGGAGGGAUUCCAUUUUCACAAUUGCAAAAUAGAUAUUUCAGGAACAUGGGCCACAAAAUGUACUCCUUUCACAGUGUUCUCCUAUUCUGAACUGUGCAGUUAUCUAUUAAAUUUUCUAAUAGAUAUUUGUGUAAGGUGUAUGUAUGCUUGUGCAAUUAUUUAAAAAAGCAGUUUUGGAAAACAGUGUAUUUAUUAAAGAAAAUCACUUAUGGGGCAUGUACAAAACUGUAAAAAAAAAAAAAAAAAAAGACUUAAAAAAAUCACUUCAAUUUGCCCAGUAAAGUUGUUUUUGUGAAAUUUCUGUGUUGUUGAAUAAAGGACUUUAGUAUUCAAAA